GUUAAGUUUAACCCAUAAAAGCUAAAGGGUAAAGGGUACUAUAAACCCUAGAGUCGGCUUCAACAUCGUUGUUAGAAGAACCCUGAGCAGCCGAACCCCCCAAAAGACCAACUAAACUCACCAAUAAAAAUGGUGGCCAGCAAGAAAACGAAGAAGACCCAUGAGAGCAUCAACAACAGGUUGGCUCUCGUUAUGAAGAGUGGGAAAUACACUCUUGGUUAUAAAACAGUGCUUAAGUCCCUCAGGAGCUCCAAAGGGAAACUGAUUAUCAUUUCGAACAAUUGUCCACCGCUGAGGAAAUCUGAGAUUGAAUACUAUGCAAUGCUCUGUAAAGUUGGAGUUCACCAUUACAAUGGAAACAAUAAUGAUCUAGGAACUGCUUGUGGGAAAUACUUCCGUGUAUCCUGCUUGAGUAUCGUCGACCCCGGUGAUUCUGACAUCAUCAAGUCUCUACCAGGUGACCACUAAGUCAAUGAAGGUCUGGUUCUCUAUCACAGGAGAAUGAUGAUGUUUCUUUACUUCCUCACGAUAUUAUUUCCCUUUGCCCUCAACCCCAUUUGUUUAAGAAUAUUUGGUAUUUUUCUUAAUGUUAAGUUGUGGGUGUUCUUGCUAAAAUUUGUAGCUUGAGUCAAGAUUUUGUUUUGGUUAAUGAAUAUUCUGAGUUGCUUGUUUA